AGUGUCCUAAAUAUCAAUCAAAAAAAAACAUUAACGCACAGACACAGAGACACAAACCUCUCAAACAAAAAACGACACUUGGCGUUCACAACAAGCCUCUGUUUUUUAAGCGAAGAACAAGGAAAGAGAAACACACGCAGCCAAAAGAAGCUACCAGAAACAGAAAUAGCAACAACAACAAAAAAAUAUUUAUAAUAUAAGAUUGUUGUUUUGUUUUGUUUUCAGACAAAGGAAACAAAAAAAAAAAUGGGGACCAAUUUGAACUUCAAGAAUAGCUUUAUUAUGGGGGAGUCAGAAGCUGACGGUAACGGUAACGGAAGGCCGCCGGGGAAUUUUCCGUUAACGCGGCAAUCGUCGGUGUAUUCGUUGACGUUCGACGAGUUUCAGAACACUAUUGGUGGGAGUGUAGGGAAGGAUUUUGGGUCUAUGAAUAUGGAUGAGUUGCUCAAGAAUAUUUGGAGUGCUGAGGAGACUCAGACUACGGCUAUGGCUAGUACUAAUACUAAUAGUAGUAGUAAUAAUAAUAAUAGUAGCUCAGUGAUUACUGGGUUUGAAGGGUCAGGUCCGUCAAGUGGGUAUUUGCAGAAACAAGGGUCCCUGACUUUGCCGAGGACUUUGAGUCAGAAGACAGUGGAUGAGGUUUGGAAAGAUAUAUCGAAGGAUGGGAGUGGAAAUGGAGGUUCAAGUGUGCCACAGGCACAGAGGCAACAGACUUUAGGGGAAAUGACUUUGGAGGAGUUUUUAGUGAGAGCUGGGGUUGUGAGAGAGGAAAUUCAAGCUCAGACCCAGUUGGGUAUGGUUAAUGUUAAGCCUAAUACUACUGCUGGGUACUUUGGAAAUUCUGGUUUUGGAUAUGGGUUUCAGCAAACUGGUGGUGGGUACAUGGAGAAUCGGAUUUCAGAGAUUAGUAGUAAUGGUAAUGGUAAUAGUAAUGGUCAGUUUUCGAUUCAGCCUUCGCAGAAUUUGCCGUUGAAUGUUAAUGGGGUUAGAUCGAAUCAGACACAAUUGUCAAGGCCACAACAGCAACAGCAGCAGCAGCAGCAGCAGCAGCAACAGCAGCAGCAGAAUCUGCAGCCACAGAUACUGCCUAAGCAAGUUCCUCCUGUGGCUUAUGCAAUGCCUCAGUUGGGGGGUCCUGGAAUGAUGGUUCAAAACGCGGCUGCGGUGUUGCAGGGUGGAGGAGGAGGGAUGGGGAUGGUUGGAUUAGGAGGUGGUGGUGGAGGAGUUACUGUAGCUGCAGGGUCGCCGGCGAAUCAGCUGUCUUCGGAUGGGAUUGGGAAAAGUAAUGGUGAUAUGUCAUCUGUUUCACCAGCUCCUUAUGGGUAUAAUGGGACUUUAAGGGGGAGAAGGAGUGGAGCUGUGGAGAAGGUCGUUGAGAGGAGGCAGAGGAGGAUGAUCAAGAAUAGGGAGUCAGCUGCAAGGUCACGAGCUCGAAAACAGGCUUAUACUAUGGAAUUGGAAGCUGAAGUUGCAAAGUUAAAAGAGGAAAAUGAAGAGUUGCGGAAAAAGCAGGCCGAAAUUAUGGAAAUGCAGAAGAAUCAGGUCUUGGAGAUCAUGAAUUCACAACGAGGAGUUAAGAAACAAUGCUUGAGAAGAACACAGACUGGUCCAUGGUUCUCUCAGCUGGACAACAUGCAAUACCGAUUGGAAAAGGCUCCAUAGUCUUUGGUCUUCAUGGACCUGACAUAAUCUCCGCAUGGAAGCAUGUUUCGGAAGGCCAGACUAUGAGACUAGCCUGAAACUUUCCUCUUUCCCUGGCCGUCAUCGCGGUUCUACAUUGCAACAUCUACCUUAUAUGAAAGUUUCUUUUGUUUGUGAUUUGAUACUAAUAUGCAUUUAUUAUUGGAAAAUCUGGUUUUGCAUCUCAUACAAAACACACGGCGGAAGUAACAAACACGGAUUUGCUUUAUUCAUGAGAGAUAACAUGUAAUCUUGAAUUUUAAAACAAUAUAGGAAGUGUACCUUGAUUCA